UUUGUUUUUGUGUGGCAGCUUGCUUGUUUGUGACCAUUGAUGUUGGAUUCAUACGAACACCUUUUACCGCCUAGCUGGAAGCCCCAAGUCACUGCAUGGCUUGCAGAAGAUACACCGUCUUUUGACUACGGUGGAUAUGUUGUUGGAGAGGUGGAACAAGAGGCCUUUCUGUUUGGUAAAGGCAGAGUCCCUGCAGUCCUGGCAGGAUCCCCAUUCUUCACCGAGGUUUUUGCUCAGUUGGGCUGUCAGGUUGAAUGGCACGUCAGAGAAGGCGACGUUUUCGAGCCGAUCAAGCAUGUUGCGACGGUCAAGGGCAAGGCAAGGCAUCUGCUUCUAGGCGAGCGCGUCGCCCUGAAUAUGUUGGCGAGGUGCAGCGGUAUUGCUACACAGUCUAAGAAAAUCAAAGAUCUUGCUCGAGGUUAUGGAUAUAACGGCAUUAUUGCUGGGACCAGGAAAACAACGCCUGGAUUUCGACUAGUAGAGAAAUACGGCAUGUUAGUUGGAGGCAUCGACCCUCAUCGUCAUGAUCUCUCGAGUAUGAUUAUGCUGAAAGACAAUCACAUCUGGUCGUCCGGGUCAAUCACCGCCGCUAUUCAGCAAGCCCGCUCCGUGGGAGGCUUCAGCUUGUUGCUAGACGUCGAAGUCAGUUCAGAAGUCGAAGCCGAUGAAGCGAUUGAUGCCGGUGCGGACAUCGUCAUGCUCGACAACAUCGAGGGCCAAGAACUUGUGAGCGUUGCUAGGAAAUUGAAGCACAAGUGGCAGGGAAAGAGAAAGUUUCUUUUCGAAACGAGUGGGAACAUUACCGAGGCUAAUUUGCAGGCAAGAGCGAUCAACGAGAUCGACAUCUUGAGUACGAGUGUCGUCCAUCAGUCCGUACAGCACAUCGAUUUCAGUUUGAAAAUACAAAUGCCGAAGUAGGUGGGAACAACCAAGAAGUAAAUGCAUUUUGUACCAUUAAUUCUUCUUUAUGACAAGGAAUUAUUAUUAUUAUAUAGAGAUGUAGAAUUGCGCCCUCGAACUCAUCUCUGUCUCGUGUACAGACAGCACUCUUCCACUUUUCUGAGAGAUGACACAUCCAACAGCUGCCUGUGUGUCGAUUCCCCAGUUCCAUGACGCGACGUGCGUGAAAUUACUUCGUUGGUUACCAAAGCCGGUUCUUCUGCACGACGUCG